UGGACGUGAGUAGGGGGAGGCCUGGGAGGCCGCUGCCUGCGGUGCAGGGUGUGUCUGAGGCCCCUGGAGCCCCAACAGACCGAGAUUGGGGUCCCCGUGCCUCCCGGACGCCUCUCUGCUCACAGCGUUCCCGCAGCCCGACCCCCCUGAACCCUCCAGCCUGGGGGCCGGCGCCGCUCAGGUCCUGCCGCUCCGGUCCUGCCGCCCAGGUCCCAGCGUCCAGAAUGGAUAUGAACUUUGAGGACGUGGCCAUUGCCUUCUCUCAGGAGGAGUGGGGGCUCCUGGAUGAGGCUCAGAGACUUCUGUACUGCGAUGCGAUGCUGGAAGUGUUUGCACUUGUGUCAUCUGUAGGUUGGUGGCGUAAAACACAAGAUGAGGAGUCCUGUCCUGACCACAGUGUAUCUAUACAAGGAGAGUCACAGAUCAGGACUUCUAAGACAGCACCAGCCACCCAGAGGACCCAUCUCUGUAAGCAGUGUGUCUCGGUGUUAAAAGGUAUUCUGCACCUGACUGAGUCACAAGCAACAUACUUUGAGCAGAAAGCCUCCUGUAGUGACACAUGUGGGAGAGACUUCUGUUUCAGUGCAAACCCUCACCAGCGACGGCAGGAUUCUAGUGGAGAGAAGCCCUGGCAAGAAGCUAUGGACAGGGUCUCGUUUAUGACCAGAUUCAGCUUCUACUUAUCAGAGCUGCCUUCCACCAAUAGGCAGGUUGGGGUUGACUUCCCAGCUCUCUCAGGGUUUCUCCAGCACCAGACCCCUCCUAACACCGAGGAGCCACACAGGGGAACUGAGAUUUCACAGACAUUUCUCAAGAGAAAAAGUCAUCGUGAAUGGGGUGAAGAUGAAAAAGCUGCCAGCCACACCCAGAAAGUUGUUCAGUGUCACAAUGUCUGCUCUGGUGAAGUGAAAUAUGAGGGUAACCAACGUGAGAAGGUUUUUAGAUGUACUGUGAACCUCAACAGACACCGGAGAGUUCACACUGGAGAAAAGUCUUGUGAGUGUAUUGAUUGUGGGAAGCCAUUCCGUCAAAAGGCUUCCCUCGCUAAACAAGACAAAGUUCACCCUAGAGAAAAAUCCGUUGAAUGUAGUGAAUGUGGGAAAUUGUUUAGGUGCAAUAGCCUUCUUCUUAAGCACAGGAGAGUUCACACUGGAGAAAAGCCGUAUCAAUGUAGUGACUGUGGGAAGUCCUUCAGUCAAACCUCUCACCUCAUUCAGCACCACAGGGUUCACACUGGAGAAAAGCCAUUUGAGUGUCCUGAUUGUGGGAAGUCCUUCAGUCACAGGUCUACCCUCACCGAACACCAGACAGUUCACACUGGUGAGAAACCUUAUGAGUGUAGUGAAUGUGGGAAGUCGUUUAGGUCCAAUAGUCACUUUCGUUACCACAGGAGAGUUCACACAGGAGAAAAGCCAUACGAGUGCAAUGACUGUGGGAAGUCAUUCAGGCAAAACUCGGCUCUCACAGAGCAUCAGAGGGUUCACACUGGAGAAAAGCCAUAUGAAUGUAGUGAUUGUGGGAAGUACUUCAGUAAUAUCUCUAACCUCAUUAAACACCAUAGAGUUCACACCGGAGAAAGGCCGCAUGAGUGUAUUGAAUGUGGGAAAUCCUUUUGCUACAAAUCUGCCCUCAUUCGACACCUGAGAGUUCACACUGGAGAAAAAUUUUAAAUGUGCAGGCAAUGUUUUAUCUUUCUCACUCAGAAUAAAAACACCAAAGGAGAAUCUUUUAGUCCCAUUUAACUCAAUAUAAACCCCUUUUAUUGUAGACUCUGCUAGAUUCCUCAUAAGUUUCAUGUACAAGUGAGGCUUAAAGGAGCUUCAUUGCAUUUGCUAACCUGCUCAGGCCUACAACCUGAUUUAUUCAUGGUAAUGUCCAUCGCUAGCUACACAUUUCCUCCAUCUUUCAGGUAAUUUGUAGAUACCGUCCCAAUAGAACUUUGUUUUGAGGCAAACCAUUCAGAGACCCAAUUUUCCACUUCUUACGUUUUGAUGUGCUGCUCAGAAAGUGCAUGUGCCAUCUCUCGGAACAAGUGGUCAUCUGAAGGAGCAAGGUCUGGUGAAUACAGCGGAUGGGUUAAUACUUCCCAGGCAAGAUCUUUUAACGUGUCUUUAACUGGUUUUGAAGUGUGUGAUGGUGCGUUACCAUGAAGCAAAAUUACUUUGCCAUGUCUUCUGGCUCAUUCUGGUCAUUUCACGAUCAAAGCGUGGUUCAAAUUAUUUGUUGUUGGAAGCGACCAGUAUUAACGGUUUCACCUGGUUUUAGAAGCUUAUAAUACACCACACCUUCCUGAUCCCACUGAAUGCAUUGUCUUCUUUCCGAAGUGAUUUGGCCUUGCAGUCGAUGUUGAUGGUUGACCUGGAUCAACCCAUGAUUUUGUGCAUUUGGGAUUCUCAGAAUAAAUCCACUUUCGUCACCAGUCACAAUUUGAUGCAAAAAAGACUUUCUUUCGUGCCGUUGAAGCAGUAUUUUACUGAUGAUUUUUCAGUU